CGCCAGAGGAACAAGGACCCCUGGGUGCACCAGUACAGCGCUGCAGCCUCUGGAGUCGCUACGGGCAGAGCUGGGGCAUGGAGGGCAGCUGCAUAGGUGCCCCCGGAUGGAACCGGUCAGACAAGUCAGCUGCUGAUGCAAGAGCAGAGGUGGCUCCCGGGCCCUGCGGGCUGGAGGGUGAGCUGCGGCCCCCGCUCUCUGGAGCUGGCGGGCCGGGCUUUGCCGGUGCUGGAUCCAAGCGAUAGCCCCGGGCUGCGGCCGCUCCGAGCCACACCCCGACCCGCGCGGACCCCCGGUCGGGGGCGAUCGUGUCCCAGAAUGGAGCCGAUCGCCCGCGGAGCCGAACCGAACCCUCUCUCGGGCCCAGGGCCCAGCCCCAGCUCCCCACCUGGCGCGGGGCCCAGCCCCGCCUGGCUAUAAAGGCCACGCCCAGAGCUGAGCCAGUGAGUCCUAGCGUCAGUGUCUGGUUUGGCGCCGCCUGCGAGCCCCACCACCCACCACCGCCUGAGCUUGGGGUGGCAAAAAACCUAGAGCCGGCCCUGGAGCCGAGGGAAAGGCUGCCCCAGCUGGUGUCCAAGGAGCUCCGGGCAGGAUGCUGCCGCUCACAGACUGGGUGCUAGAGCUGCUGAGCAUGGAACGGACCCCCUUCCGUGCCUACACCGUCUCUGCCCUGCUCCUUGCCCUGCUGGCCCUGCUCUUCCGCACCCUCCUGCAGCUGGGGAGCUCCUGGCACCGCUACUAUGUGAACUGCCAGCGGCUGCGCUGCUUCCCGGAGCCCCCGCGUCGCAACUGGCUGCUGGGGCACUUGGGGAUGUUCAUACCUGGUGAGGAGGGGCUGAGCUCGGUGUCCCAAACAGUGGCUACAUUAUCCCAGGCCUUUGUGACAUGGAUGGGGCCCUUCCUACCAGUCCUGUCCCUGGUGCACCCUGAUUACCUCAAGCCGAUCACAACAGCCUCAGGGCGGGGCUGGGAGCCAGUCACCUGCAGCCUUGCAGAGCAGCCCGACCAGAGCCCUGGGGAAGGCACCAGAGGGGACAAUCUGCCUGGGAAGCUAAUGGGCGUCUCCCAGCAAUAGGUCCUUGGAGUCUGCACUGUCCAGCCUGGAUCUCACUCUGUUCCAGCUCAACCCCCACCCCCAUGGGUCCCACCCCUUGUGUUCUCGUACAUAAUGAGUGCAGGCCCCUUGGCUCAACUGACUCGCUCCUGCCUGGGUGAACCAAUCCUUCCCUGCCACCUUGGCUGCUCUCCCCUGGGUUCUGCACUGCGUGGGCCCAGCAGCCUUUUCUGGCCUAGACGGCUGGGAUUGGGUUACUGUAGAGAGGGUUCCAGGGGGCCCAGAGCUGAAUGGAGGGUGGGUCGGGCCAGGAGGGACCGUUCUGCCCCGCUAAUCUGACUGCCCGAGUCACACAAGCCAGAGACCCUCCCCAGAGCUCCCUGCAGCCAGCCCUGAGCUCCCGGCUGUGCUGGAGGGAGCGUUACAAAGGGACAGCCCAUCUCCAUGUAAAGACUCCCAGGGAUGGCAAAGCCCCUGCGUCCCUGGGCCAGCUGUUCCCAGGGCUUGUUCCCCUCCCUGUCAAACACUUGCACUGCGUUGCCAGUUCGUUCCUGCUUGAUCUCACUCAGCCGCUGUCUGCUGGAUGGCAGAGCCCUCUGCUGCCAGGCAUCCCUGCCCAGGGAGGGGUUGGUAGCUGGGAUCUAGGCACCUCUUUUCCUGCUCUUGAAGAAAUUAAAUCCAUUGGGCUCCUGUAGCCUCCCCCGGAGAGGCAGGUUUUCCAGAGCUUGAGUUGUUCUGAUCAGGGCUGGCUCCAGGUUUUCUGCCGCCCCAUGCAGCA